AUGAUCUGGACAUGGUCUUCAGCUACCUAUGGCAGAGCGCCGGGAAUCAGGAUUACUGAAAAGAGAUCGCAGGCGUAUAUCUGCCUGGAGUUUGAUGUCUCGCUGCCAUUCACUUGCUCCAGCCUCAGAGGCUGCGACUUGGGGACCAAACUGGGUGGCCUUAACAAUCCAGGCGAAGUGAAGCUCGACAGUGGUGCCAAGAUUCACAUGUCGAGUCUGCGGACGUCACACGGACUACACAAUCCCUUUACGGUUGAUGGCUCUGAAAGCUUUCAAUAUAUUUACUCGACGCGACACAUGAGUCUUCAGCGUAUCAAAGAAUCUAGACACUCGAGCCGUGAAGGAGUACGAAAACCAGCGACCAUGAACAAAUACGAACAUCCAAAAGCUCUCAGAAGCGACCUAAGCCUGGACGACGCCAUCAUCAAUGCUCGUGAUGCUGGCACAGAGUGGCAAUACCUCUUCAUCGGUGCCCAGCUGGAAGAGCCUCUAUGGCUGCCCGCAGAUGACCCGCAAAUUCGACCAGAACUUCUUGCCACGUUUUGGAACGAUUCUGAAGUCAGAAUGCACUUCGGCUUUCCGAUUGACGAGCAUGUGUCAACAGAACACGUUGACGAGGAACCGGCGGACUGUCCGCCUGAGGUCGAGCGAGCACGACAUGAUGAGAUGCUUAUGACCAUGGGUGCUCUCGCUGAGAAUUUGCCUGAGAAGGAGUCAUUGGAGCCGACGACGAACGAGCAGAAGUUGCCGGCGACGACAGCUCAACCCAUGUCAUUCACCCUCGCUGUGAGACCAAAGCCGCAGUCUGGUAGCAGAAAGCAUGUUGGAUGCGCUACAUAUUCGCUCAUUUCUAUGGGAUUGCAAUCGAGUGUGGAUCGAUACCAAACGCUCAAUACUGGCACAGUAUUGAUACCUCUCUUACGCCCCAGGAAAUCUCCCGAUAUUGGGACGGUCCUUUAUUUUUUUUCAGGGUCACCAUCACUGGCUUUGUUCAUAUUCUCACAUUUGGUGCUGGUGAAGCGACCAGGCAGCAGCAUCGCGACCUCCAUAUAUUUUCUUGCAUCGCUCUACAAGUCUCUCGCUCCUCACAACUGCGCGAUUCAUUGCUGGAAUCCAGGUCGAAACUCGAAGGGCCAAAAGAUCAUGGAGCGCGGCGCUCAGAUGUCAGACUACGGUCUCCCCUAUCGGAAGAUGCACGAAGACGCCUCCUCUCAACGACUUCCUGAAAGCUCCGGCAACCUUCUCAAGCCAGUCAGCAGUGUCGACGAAGACGGUAUCGACAUGAAUGUGUCGAAGCACAUCUCGACCUUCCCUUCUAUGAGCGAACUCAAAGCAGCUCUACCAAAAGUCCAGCCGGAGACUGAAGACGACACACGCAUGCUCGAAGCACCAGCAGAAAGUUGUCCGCACGGCCGUUCUCAGCUCUGCAAUGGCUGCUCUGCUCGCAACUCCUGCAGCGAAUGUCACGCUCCGAUCCUCGCAUCUCUUGCUCCAAACUCCACUUCGACAUCUGCUCGGAAUGUGUCACAAGCUGCCUCGCCUAUCCCGAAGAAGCACAUGAGUGUGGCUGUGAAGGCAUUCGCCAUCCAGGCGUUGAUUCAGAGUCGAAGCGAAGGUCUCCAAGGAAAUCACGGCGGUGCCAGUCAGCGAAGGCUACAUAAAAGGAUUGCGAAGCGUAUGAGCCUUCCUGACUUCGACUCUCUAAUGCCAUUGAGAUCGACAGUCGUAAUGCGUACAGAGGGAAAUUCAGCUGCAAGACCAUAUACUCUUAUCAAUGAGACGAGGCCGUUCAAUGCGGCUCGCAUUGUAAGUCCUCCGUCACUUUUGAUGAUCACAAUGAUACCAAUACGUUUGAACCACCUCGCCCCAGGAACGCUGAUAGGCAGCGCAUCAACCAGGGGAUGCUCCGUUUGCUGGAAGAUAGAGCAGGCUUUGUUCUUCCAAAGUCUGCCAGGUUUGGGCGAGAGUCGCCAAAGCUUCCACACCAGUGGCCAUAAGUAUCAUCACGAUCGCGCAUCACUGGGCAUUGACACCAAGAAAUCCAACAUCAUGUCGCAAGCAUAUCAAUGCCGGAUCCAGUGGGAAGUACCUGAUGAGCUUGAAACAUUCCAUCCUGACUGGCCCACAACAAAUUGGUCCUUGGAGUCAGACAUCACCCUCAAGCAACUUCUCGAAAAGCUGAAGCAAGAAAUCUCGCAGAAGCUGGAAAGAUGCGACGAGUUCUCCAAAAAGGGAAUUUCCAACUUCAUGACCCAACUCACCGAGCAAAUCAACAAAGGAAAGGACUCUUCAGCACAGGCUGCGAAAUCCACUUUCUGGCUCAUCCGCUUCCGCACGACCCUCAACGACAAGCACAAUCUCGAUUCUGGAAUCUGGCUUCGAUUUUCCAAACUCUCCGACAUCAUCCGCACACCAUGCCAAGUCGGUGUGCGCGUCCAGCUCGAGCUCGAAGAAUGCCAACGCGGUCUAUCUCCCAUCAGACCCUUGCUAGCCAGCGCACGCAAGGGUCUGAACACAAAAGGUCACUUUCGGACAGCUGGAAUUUCCAACUCAGCGCGCAACGCGAAAUACAUAAAUCUUAUAGCUCAAAUAAUCAAGAAUGAAAUGUAUACGACGUUGUAG